AACUGCGCCGCAUCCUCACCACCACACUCGAAAUCCGCAGAACUUCAGGAACUUGAGGCUGGCCAUCUGCAACCCCCUCUCUCCCCCCUUUCUCGCCAUCCAUCCAUCUGCUGGAGGGCACCGCGCCUCCAGAGAAAGCAACACCAACACCAACCUCGAUACCCUCGCCGCGCUCUGAUAAUCUCGACCCCCGACCUCCGAUCCCCGACCCCGAUCCCAAUACACCUCACGCUUCCCGCUCGUCAGAGCAAGCGUCUCCCGACAAUGAGGGCCACAGCAACAAGGCUCCAACAGUCGAUACUGCGCCGCGUAGUAAAAACAUACUCCCCCCUUGACGCAGUAGCCAGCGUACAAAAGCCGGCCGCCGCCAGCGUCACCGGCGCAGAUAAAACGCCGCCAAACAACCCUCCUCGGAUUCUAGUCAGCCCCUAUGUGCUCAACCAGCGCAUCGGGAAAUGCCUCGCCUUUGGCUGUGAUGCUGAGCAGACCCACCGCGCGGCGAGUCUCCUGAGAACCAUCAACAAAGACUGGCGCAAUCUCGAGGCAGCCGUGCAGGGCUUCCGCGACCCCGAGAAUUCCGUAUACACCACCCGACUGCGAGCUGGCGAGCCGAGCCAUCGUCCAUGGCAAGUGAGUCUUUGAUCCACCCGCUGCGGUUUUCGUUUUAGUCCCAGUCCCCAAUCCCAGUCCUGGUCUCGUGGGACCAACUUGCAUCGAUGGCGCCGCUGACUGUUGUUCUCGUCCCCGUCGUAGGGCAUAUCUCAACUAUCUCCCUUGGUACAAGUCGCCGAGCAGUCAAUCGCCCGAUUCCUCGACCGCACUCUCAAGACGGCAGAGCCCCAAUAUAGACGAAAGUGGGAGCUUCUUCGUGACAACCCCAUCGAUGGAUGCGCACUGUCGCUCACAGAAUGCCUCAACGAACAAUUCCCGAACGGUCGCCCCUUUCCG